UUGUACUCUGUAAAAAAUUAUAUAUGGUGGUGAUAAAGUGGUAACAUGAGUGGUACUAGUUCAAAUGAACAGUGUUCCUUACAACAAACGAUACAGUCUCUGUGGUAUUUUGAAUUGCGAGAGUCUUCUAAAUGGUUAAAGAUCAUUCUGCAACGUCUGGUUACAGGGUAACAGGAUAGUUGUGGUAAAAGGGUAUCGUUCUGUCUUUGUAUUCGACUUCUACAACACAUCAGAAAUGAUGUAUUUUGACAGGUGUUGGUCAGUUAUGCCUUGAAGCAUCAGUUCAGUGAUGCAGCUGCAGGUUGCAUAUCUAUUGAUAGUACAGUCUUUACAACAGCAAGUGUGAUAUUUCUUCUUGAGGUGUUAUAUGCAUUGGAAAUAUGAUCCUGGCCUGAGUGCAUCUUGACUAAAAAUAUAAUUUUGUUUUCUGUGUGGAAGUGAAAUGUACUAUGCAUUUUGAGUGGCAACUUGCAUCACACUCUACAGGUAGGCUGGUGUGUCCUUUCCUAACCCUAAGCAAGCAGUUUGCGUCAUGGUCUUUGGUUAUUUAACCUGCAUGCGUAAGACUUCCCCGUUCAUGUCCCAAAAAUUUAAAGAAUGUUUCUCCAUUCAGCUACACCUCCUGCCCCAUCUUCCUCUCAGCAACCUCAGGCAGCUUCUGGCCCUGCAAAGCCUAAAGGCAAAGAUGCCAAGAGUGCACAUGGUUCCACUGCCCCAAAGGCUGUUCCUGGCAGAAGAAAACGCUCCUCAAUGUCUGCCUCUUCUGCUUCUCCUACCUCACCCAAAUCUGCAUCCUCCUCUACUCCCCGGUCACCCAUGACAUCUCCCCUAGCUUCCACACCUGACAGCUCUUCUGCUAACCAGGCUGACCGCUUUGCCCCAAAGGUUGUCAAGGCUGGCAAGCAAGGAAAGGUUAAGAAAGGAGAGGCAUUUGCUCCUGCCCCUGCUGAGUGCAAGCAAUCAGCAGAAAUUGAAAAACCAGCCGAGGCUGAACCUAAGAAAGCUGUCGUUGAAGCCAAACCUGCCCCCAUUGAGCAAAGCAAACCUUCACCUUUGGCUGCUACAAAGCCUGUUGCACCCCCACCUGCUUUUAAAGUUACCUCAAAGCCAGCUGUGGCACCACCAGUCUCAUUUGCAGAUACUCUUGCUUGUAGCCCUCCCAAAUCAGUUGAGGUUAAGCCUGCUUCACCAAAAGUUGCUGCCAUUAUUGCUGAUGAUGAGCUUCCCCCACUGAUCCCACCUGUGAAAUCAGUUACAAUGCCAGUAUUUGUACCCCCUGUUGAAAAGAUGGCAUCCAAACCCACAGAUAUUGAGGCCGUGAAGCCAGUUGUAGAGGCUAAACCUGCUCCUGAACAAGUUGCAAUGGCUAAACUGGUUCCCGUUGAGGCCCCCAAGCCAGUGCCCGUCGAGGCCCCCAAGCCAGUGCCCGUCGAGGCCCCCAAGCCAGUGCCCGUCGAGGCCCCAAAGCCAGUGCCCGUCGAGGCCCCCAAGCCAGUAGUGGAGUCUAAGCCCGCUUCCACUGAGGCCCCAAAGCCAGUUGUGGACGCUAAACCCGCUCCCGUUGAGGCCCCCAAGCCAGUUGCGGAGGCUAAGCCCGCUCCCGUUGAGGCCCCCAAGCCAGUUGCGGAGGCUAAGCCCGCUCCCGUUGAGGCCCCCAAGCCAGUUGUGGACGCUAAACCCGCUACCCCUGAGGCCCCCAAGCCAGUUGCGGAGGCUAAGCCCGCUCCCGUUGAGGCCCCCAAGCCAGUUGCGGAGGCUAAGCCCGCUCCCCCUGAGUCCCCCAAGCCAGUUGCGGACGCUAAACCCGCUACCCCUGAGGCCCCCAAGCCAGUUGCGGAGGCUAAGCCCGCUCCCGUUGAGGCCCCCAAGCCAGUUGCGGAGGCUAAGCCCGCUCCCGUUGAGGCCCCCAAGCCAGUUGCGGAGGCUAAACCCGCUCCCGUUGAGGCCCCUAAGACAGCUGCAGAUCUUAAUAAGGUGGCACCUGCUGAGGUUCCUAAGCCUUCCAAACCAGCAAAUGUGCCGUUGGUUGAGCCCACUGUCCCUGCCCGUAAACUCACAUUUGCUGAGGCAGUUGCGAAACCUGCCCCAGUUAUACCUGAUGUCGAAGUUAUCAGUACAGCUCCUUCUCAACCUGCCCAAACACCUGCUAAAACACCAGCCAAAGUGGAGCCUGUGAUCAAGAACGACAAGGGUAUUUCCUCCUUUCUCUUUUUGUCUUAAUCUGUUUUUCCAGCUGUCUGCAUUCUGGGAACUACUUGGAUGCUUAGAUAUGUAAGCCAAAGUUGUUGAGUACUUAAGCUUUCCUUUUGGACUUAACACUGUUCAAGGUGCUACAUAGUCGCUGACUUUGAUGCUCCUACUGGUUCUGUUGCGUAGUCAGCUAUAUUAUGCAGUCUCAUUUGUUCGAUCGUAUGAUUUCUAAUGUUGAGGGGUUUUUUUUGUUUUUUGUUUCAAAUUAAUGAAGGUGUGCACUGUCAGUACUGCAAAUGAAUUGGAUAGAAAGGUAUCAUUUUCAGUGUUCCAGCAACAAAUUGAUUUUUUGUUUUUGUUAACCUAUUUGUACUUAAUGUUGAC